UUGUUCCCUUUUUUUCUGGGCUGCAUGUAGUUAGCGUUUUUUUUCUUCACAAUUCACUUUUGACAACUUCUUUUUGGGUUUGCUUCAGAAACCCAACCAACAUAAACAAUUUUUGUUCCCUUUUUUUCCCUCUAAUUAAUGGCUUCAAGAGGAAUAAUGAGUGCGAGUACAUUAGCAACAAGAGCAAAUCGAAUAAGGGCAAAGUUGCAAUCAACAUUAGAACCAAUUGUUGUUGAAGUUGAAGAUGUUUCUCAUCAACAUGCUGGACAUGCUGCUAUGAAAGAUUACAAUGGUGGAGAAACCCACUUCAAUUUGAAGAUUGUUUCCCCUAAAUUUGAAGGUCAAACCCUUGUGAAACGACAUCGCAUGGUGUAUGAUCUUUUGGCUGAUGAACUUCAGUCUGGUCUUCAUGCUCUAUCUAUUAAUGCCAAAACCCCUCAAGAAGUUGCUCCAAAGUAACCUAAUUUAAUACAAAUGUUAGUGUGCUAAUCUCUAUGCUUUAUUUUCAUUAAUUUUGGAAUUUGGGUUUUGUAUUUUUUUUUUGUUGUGGGUUAUGCUUAUUCAUGAUGAAUUAUGAUUAUGAAAAAGAAAAGUUUGUUUCUUGUGAUGUUGGUAAUAAAGGGUAUUGGUGAAUGGUGAUAUUGAUUUGAGUA